GGCAUGAACAAUACAAAUCAACUACAAUACCAGGGAAUUCUUGCACACUGAAUGAAUGCUACAAGCUGUAACACAAAAUCUUCAUGCUAUGCACGUGUAUGCAUCUAGUUCCGUGCUGACAGUGCUGCUGAAUCUCUCUGUUCAUGUGAGCUGACCAGCCCGCUCUGUCUUCUAAAUUAAAAAUACUGCUGCACACUGAACAGCUCAAUAAAGCCUUUUCUGAAACCCAUUAACCGUACUCUUCAGGAUCUCAACUAUCAGUUCUGUUAAACGGUAUCAUUGUAUGUAAACAUCAACAAGAAUAUAGAAUGCCAGGAAAAAAUGUUCUAAUAGUGUAUGCGCACCAGGAGCCAAAGUCCAUGAAUGGAUCUCUGAAAAACAUUGCGGUAGAUGUAUUACAGAAGCAAGGAUGCAGCAUCAUCAUAUCGGAUCUCUAUUCAAUGAAUUUCAAUGCAGCAGCAACCCGAAAUGACAUUACAGGAGAUCUAUGCAAUCCACAGCACUUCCGUUAUGGAGCAGAGACAAUGGAAGCAUUCAAAAAAGGUGUUUUGUGUGAUGAUAUACUCAAAGAACAGGAAAAAGUUAAAGUAGCCGACUUAAUUAUAUUUCAGUUCCCUUUGUAUUGGUACAGCUUUCCUGCCAUAAUGAAGGGUUGGAUAGAUCGAGUAUUUGUACAGGGCUUUGCCUUUGAUUUUCCAGGUUGUUAUGAUACAGGAUUACUGAAGGAUAAACUAGCUCUACUCUCAUUCACUACUGGUGGAACAAAGGAGAUGUUUUCUAAGGAUGGGAUGAAAGGUGACAUCCGGUAUGUGCUUUGGCCCAUGCAGCAUGGCAUAAUGCAUUUCUGUGGUUUCAAAGUCCUUGCCCCACAAAUUACUUAUGCACCAGAAUAUGUUGGAGAUGAAAAAAGGAAAGACAUGCUGCUCUUAUGGGCAAGGAGGCUGGAGUCCAUCUGGGAUGAGCGACCUAUAGAGUGCACUCCACCAUGGUACUUCCAGUAGAGAACCUGGAUGAACCAGGUGAAGAUCAUCAAGUAUGCUAUUUAGAUGUGAAGACGAUACAAAAACAUCUACCACUGCACAUCAUAGCUAUUUGACGACACAAGCUCAGUGAUUGCUCUAUGCAAAGUUGCACUACAAUUUCUCUAUUGUGUGCAGUGUGUUAUAACUUGUAUCAAUA